AAUCGCACCAAACAUCGUAUGUGUGACCCAGAAGUUCUUUUUGAAAAUUCAACACAACUCAACGUGCAACGUUACCUUUCAACAUUCAUUCGCGCUCUCUCGCCGUGAAAAGCAUUUACCAUAUUUUCAAGGAAGUGUGUAUAAAAAUAAGUGCAGGAGAAUAAAAAGUUCUCGAUGCACUGUGUGAAUUUUUUUUUAGUUUAUGAUUCUGUGAGCAAUCUCAAUUAAAAAUCAUAUAAAAAAAUUCUUCAACAGCAUCAUGGUACAAUUUCAAUGCCAUAAAAUCUCUACAGCUACUGACAACACUGUUGGAGUUUACGCUGCUACAUGAUUUUGCAGAAGAAUUGAGUAUUAUACGUGGAUAAAGAAAGAGUAAUAUAUGCGAAACUAGAGGAAGAACAAAAACUGUGCUCAUUAAAUUAAAUUGACAGACUUUGAAAGUUUCAAAAAGGAGAAGAAAAAAAACGUGAAAAAUCCCGAACUGAAAGUGAGUUAAGAAACAGUUUCCAUAAAUAUGCUGCAAUACGUUAAGCUGUAUAAUAUAUUGAAGGGUUCAAAACCCCAAAUGAGGUAGAAGUGAUGUUAAUAAUGAAAUGGAGUUUGAAAUGUUCACGGGUCCAGGACCAGGAGAUGAUAAUAAUUCACCACCAUCCCCGCUUCCAUCAGCAAGGACGAUACCAUCAAAAGAUCUACCACCAUCCCUACAAACUCAGAGAGUUAUUGAGUUGGUCAGUUGUGAAUCGUAUGGUUUAGAUUGGCCAACAUUAUGGGGACCGGAAAUAUCUUGCUAUCUCAAUCGACCCACUUCCACACAAAAUACAAGUCACCACCUGCCUUGCCAUUCAUCAGAAAUCACCAGUGUGGACCCAAGUAGAGUGGCAUUUGAGAAUCACGACAAUCAAACCAAUUUUAUCUACAGUAUCACAUCAUCGAUGAAAGAAAGUGCAAAUAAUACCAUCAGCAAUGCUUCAUCUGAAUCUGUGGUGUCAAGUGUCCUGGACACAAUACCAUUCACGUGUGAAUUAGAUAGUGUAAAUAUAUUGAACACAGCAAAAGAGGCUAUUUACAAAUGCAAAAGUAGCCUAUCAGUGAAUUUUAACCAAUUUGUAAAUGAAACUGUGCAAAGUUUAAUUGAUAGUUGUAUGUAUAAUACAUCAAUUAUAGUUAACAGUGUGGCAAAUCCAGUGUCAGAGUUUAAAAUACAACUACCACAAAUGAUUACAAAUUCCACAAUUGGAUUGACCAAUGAGUGUGUUUCUAGUGUAAAUCAAAUACUAAAUUGUAGUAAUUUAAAUGUGAAUAAUUCACUUUUUGAAAAUGAACCCUUUGAUCUCACAAACUACAGUUCAAUACUCCUCAAACCAAUUCAAUGCUAUUUAAGUUUAACAAUCUCAUCAACAACAUUAAACAGUUCAGCCCAAUAUAUCGAUUCGGCCAACUUUACCACAUUACCAACAACCAUCUCACCAUUAACACCGCCAAAUCUUCCCGUGGACAUUUUCAACCAGAAUUACGAUUGGAGCUUUCUGUUUGUGAUUAUCUUCAUUCUCGCCGGUGGUUUGGGUAACAUUCUUGUGUGUUUGGCAGUUGCGUUGGACAGAAAAUUACAAAAUGUCACCAAUUACUUCCUACUCUCCCUGGCCAUUGCCGACCUACUAGUCAGCCUCUUUGUUAUGCCACUGGGAGCAAUACCUGGAUUUCUCGGUUAUUGGCCAUUUGGUGUGACGUGGUGCAAUAUCUAUGUCACAUGUGAUGUUCUAGCGUGUUCAGCUAGUAUUCUGCAUAUGUGCUUUAUAAGCCUCGGCCGAUAUUUAGGCAUCAGAAAUCCAUUAGCCACCCGCCAUAGGUCCACCAAGAGACUGGCUUGCAUCAAAAUCGCAUUAGUUUGGGUCAUGGCGAUGCUCAUCUCAAGUUCAAUUACAGUAUUAGGAAUAAUAAACAAGUCAAAUAUAAUGCCAAUACAUCAUAAGUGUGUCAUCAACAAUAGAGCCUUCUUCGUUUUUGGUUCUCUCGUAACAUUCUAUAUUCCUAUGCUAAUUAUGGUCACAACGUAUGCACUUACAGUGCAGUUACUGCGAAAGAAGGCCCGCUUUGCGGCUGAGCAUCCCGAGAGUGAGAUAUUCAGAAGACUCGGUGGUCGUUUUUCAAGUAAAUCCCAGUCUCAUCAGCAUAUAACUGCCAGUGAUACAAGUCAGCAACAUCAAACAAUGUCAGUAAUUGGAAAAAUUAAAACAACAUCAACGCAUAGCACUAAUACGCCAAAUUGUAUAGGAAGAAAUAUAAUAAUACAUUCACAUUCCCAACAAGCAUUAUCAUGGAGAGCGUCAGAUAAUCUCAUAUUAUCCAGAGAAGAUAGUAUUAGUACAUCCCAUCCACAUUUGGGUUUUAGCAAUGGCAACUCAAAAAAUGCUACCUUAAGGUCAACAAAGAGUGGUACGUGUGACCAAAGUACCCAAACCCCAUCGAAUAUAGCAAGAGAAACACGACGUAGUAAAUUAAAAUCAAUUAAACUGCAACUUAACAAUGUGACCCCAACUGCCAUUAAUUGGAAUUUACGAUUGUUUGGAAGUCGCAAUAAAAGAAACGACUUGUCUGCCAAUGCUGUCGCUAAUGAACAGAAAGCCACAAAGGUUCUUGGAGUUGUAUUUUUCACAUUUGUUCUAUGUUGGUCUCCCUUCUUCAUUCUCAACAUCAUUUUUGCCGCCUGCCCAAAUUGCCAUGUACCUGAAAAUGUUGUUGACACUUGCCUAUGGUUAGGAUAUGUGUCCUCAACUAUUAAUCCUAUCAUAUACACUAUUUUCAAUAAGACCUUUCGAGCAGCAUUUAUUCGACUUCUUCGCUGCAACUGUCAGAGGUCCGGACGUCCACCCCGAUAUAGAUCAGUAAUGGAAAGUCGGGGAGCCGCAAGCCUAUGUGCACCAUCUACUUUGCCUUUGGCAAUUUCACUGCAAGGAGCUCCUCUUCUGACACCGUCAACUCAUGGUACGACACCACUGAGUGAUUUUCGAGGCAGUUAUACAAUUACGGACGAUGAGUGUUAAAAGCAAUAUAAUAUACAGUACAGACAGCUGCACUAAUUGUGAAAGGAAGCAUGAAAUAUGAAAUAAUUCAUUACAAUACCGCCAAAUUGUUAUUAAUUAUAUGUAUAGGGUUAAUACUCAUAUUUAGAUACAAGUAUUGUACAUAAUAUUGUUUCUUAUAUAUAGUAAAUCAAGAACUGAAGAAAUAGAUUUUAUCAAAGAGUGAGUAUUGUUUUCGCAUUUACCCCUUUACCGACUUUAGGAUGAGUAAAAACAUCAUAAUGACAAUAGCAUAAAUCAUAAUGAUAUCAAACUAGAAAAUAAUAAUAAUAAAAAAAAUAAAACAUUGCAAAUGCUAUAGUUAAUUUUUUUGGAAGGAAGCAAUUUUGAAUUGCUUCAUAUUAAACUUGUUAUUAAGUGAUAAAAUUGAAUAUUUCCGUUAAAAGAAAUUUAACGGAAAAUAAAACUGCAAAACAGAUAAUUGCCAAAGUAAUAAUUUUUAAUAAAUGUAUUUAAUCAAAAUAAAUAUAUACCAACAAAAUCUAUAUCAGAACAAUAUUCUCCUCAUCCUGUGUCUUAAAAAGAAAGAAAUCUUGCAUCGUGAAAUGAACAGUGUCCAUCUAAAUUUUCAAAACAAAACCACCUAUUACUUAUUUUUAACUCAUACAAGUACAGUAUACUUCAGUGAAAUGUAUUUAUUAGAUUUGAAAAUUGAAUGUGAUUAAACGUAUC